AUGGUGAUGGUGGAUCGCGUUGAUGACGGCUCUGCUUCUGCGGCCGCCGACAUGGGCCCCUUUCAGGGACAUAUGUCCCAGAAAGAGUUCGACGCUCUGGGAUAUCCAAAGAUUCCAGACCAUUGGACGAGAGAGUGGAUGCUGGAACAACUUGAGCUUGAAAAAGUCGACCCACGGGUCAACCCGAAUCUUCUGUUGGACGAGACACACCAAGAAUUUUGGGACAACGCGUCCCGAAAGCCGUAUGCGAAGGCCAUUCUCAGAUCUGAGCAGCACUGGAUGAAGCGGCGCAACGUCUGGCUCCGUCAAUACGAACAAGUUGAGCUGGCAAACAUUGUGCGCGAAGAGUUGGCUUCUGAACUGGAAGCGUGCCCUCCGAGUAUCAAGCGGCAGGUUAUGCCCAUCUUGAAAUACAAGAUCACGGAGAUUGCGUUGACAAGCAGCUUGAGACUGGCCCGUGCGCAGCAGCUUCCGUUAAGUGAAGUUUUACAGAGACCAGACCAGGUGCACCAGUUCCAGUCGCUGCGAGUCAAGCUUGAAGAGGGCGGUCCUCAAGCAGCAGACCAGCUGCUCGAAGAGUACAGUGCACGUGCGAAGGACCGAAUGCUAGCAAACGCAAACGUCAAGCAAGAGGAAGAGCGAUCAACGCCAGUGGUCGUGGAUUCCGACACAAUGGCGAAGCUCAUGAACCAGGCGCAGAAGCUCCGAAAAGAUGGGUACAUCGAGUGGCACGAAGGUGCCGUCGAGGAAGCCUUUCGUAGCUGGUGCGAAGCAGAAGCUCAUCUGUACCGAAAAAGGCUACCCGAAGGAGAUGCAGGAAAUACAAUGGUCAACGGUUUGCACUGCAUUUUGCUCAAGAACAUAGCGCAGGCGGCUAUCCGACUUGGGCAUUGGUCAGACGCCCUGCGAGCGUCAGACGAUGCCCUUUCGAUAGACGAUGAGGACCACAAAGCAUGGUUUCGGCGUGCCUGCGCAUUGGAAGGCUUAGGACGAUACGCAGAGGCAAAGACGGCGCUGGAGCACAUCGAGACACUUGCAGUCGGGCGUGCUGAUCGUGCCCGGUUGGUUCGCGAUGUUGGAGCUCGUCGCCAGCAGAUAGAUGCAUCGGAAGCGAAGCAUUCGCAGACAGAGCGCAUUGCCAUGUGCAGAGCCUUGAAGCAGCGGGUUUUUGCAGAGGAGUCUGUGCCGGAGUUGGAGAUAAAGGAUGGUCCGGACAGUGUGCCAGACCAGGCCAUUCAAUCCAAGUCGGACGAAGACGAGGAGCUGCAGCAGCUGGAGGAAGAGCUUCUACAACUCGAAAUGGAACAGGCUGCCCUGAACGGCACUGCAGUCUCAAGCGAUUCCCCCAGUACAUCCACGCGUUUUGCAGUUGGAGAUCGCGUUUGGGCAAGGGAGAUGCUGGCCGAUGUAGAUGCUGGGCAUGGGGGCACCGUCGUUGAAGUGGACAAGGAUGGUGACAUCAAGGUGCUGUUUGAUGGGCAGGCCGAGGCCCAGCUCAUCUUCAGCGUUGACUUCGACAGCUUGACGGAAAGACCAUGCGACAGCUCAGAUCCGUCAGCAAGUUCCAGGCCUGGGGACUUGUGCUUGACUCACGACGGAGCAUCUGAUUUGCUGGAUGCCUUGCUUGAAGCUUACCGAGAUCCCGGAUUUCAGCAGCAGAUCGCCAAGCUCGCGCGUGAUGUGCGCUGGGACGCGGAGGCGUUUCGAUGGCAUUUGCCCAAGGUGGCCCUGGGUCCGCAAAAGACAUCGCUGGAGCGCUUCGGCUUCGAGGCUUCGUUGGCAGGCGCCCGUGCAGCGCAGGAGGCCUUGGAGGCGGCCAAGGCGCAGGCUUCCGCAAGGGAGCGGGCCGGACUACAAAAGCGAGCCGACGAUGUGACGAGGACUCUCUUCGGCGAAAUGUACAGAAUCGCAUUCCCGGAUGAACGUAGCAGUCAGAAGGCUGAUGUGCAAUCCACGGUGGGCCCUUUCCCAACAGCCAGCGAGGCCUUCAACAUCGUGGUGGAAGCUGCAGAGGUGCGACAUCUCUUCGACUCUUGGGACGUGAUGGUAGAGUAUGCAGAUGGUAGGGAUGUAUCAGUGCCUACUGCUUCUGUGUCCCUGUCUUCAUUGCGCAGCCGCCAGGACAAGUCUCGGCGCCCUGGGGCAGCCGCAGCCGCCAAAGCUUUAUGCCCGCCAUGUGGCUGGCAAAGAAUAUGGCGCAUCUCUUGCACAGCUGAGGGCGAACUGCACGUGCUUUGGGACAGACAUGCCAGGCUGCACAACCUUCCGGGCUCACCGCACACAUCGCCACCAACUGUAACAGGGCAAACAAGUGGGUUGCCCACCCUGCCAGCUGCGGUCUUGGCCCGCAUUCUUCUUAGUUGUGAUCUGACUGGUCUGUGCUGCUUGGCCGCCGCCGCUCCGUUAUUUUGCUUGGGUUCUGCAGAAGUCGGGGAAGCAAUGCCACUGCCCUUCGAAAAGGGUCCGGAUCGCUGGCUCUCCUUUGCAAGAGCAUCUCUGUUGUGGGCAGAUCUUCUUGCGUGUCUGCAUCUGGGUUCUGCCAAAGUAGCUCAUCGGUGCCAGCAACUUGGUCGGCAAACGCGUGCACUAGCUGCAUCCUGGAUUACAGGCAGUGGUGAAGGCACGGCCGCGGCUUCAUUUUCAACUUACACAUCAGCCACAACAUCGGAAGCGUCUUGUGCUGCCAUGUGCCCCGACGCUCCUGGACUCAUGGCCACAGGACACGAGCACGGUAUACGGCUGUGGGGAAUGCCGGAGAUGGCCAAGCUAGGUGUCAUCAGAACUCGGUGCCCAGUCAUUGCUCUUGACUUGGGCAGAAAAGGAGACUUCCUGGCUGCUAUACAGACUGGCCCAGCUUGGCUGCUAUGUGUGUGGGAUUUGACAUUGGAAAUUGCGGGUCCAGGCCUUUCUGCCCCACUUUGGUCUAUGAAUGUUCCAUCAGUUACACCACUGCAGUUUUUUGGGGCAUCAGUUCUGGUACCAAGAACCGGAGCCGGACUUGAAAUGCUGGAUGCCAGUGACGGUGCCAGUGUCCAUACUAUCGACUUGCCUGGUUGCCCUCAGGCCGCAUGCCCGUGUAUAGAGCCGCAGGAGUGGUGUUGCGAGGCCCCGCGAGUGGCAAGAACAUGCAUUAUCUUGGCCGUGGGUUCCACGCUCUUUGCGAUUGCCGAGCGCGGCGCUUCCACACAUGUACAGGGAAGCAAAGCCAGCGAAGUCUUUACGUUUGCUAAGCCGCAAGACACGCCCUGCUCUCAACUUGUGUCGCUCGGGGCCUCAAGUACUGAAGUUGCCUCUUCCACCUCAGAUGGUCAAGUGCUGGUUUGGAAGCUCGUCGACCGAACUUUGCUGGGUGUUUUCCCUACGUUUACUGUCCUUGACUUCGAGAACUUGUCAUGGUCAGUCGGCAAAGCCGAGACAGUCUUCCCCUCGCAACCCACACAGAUGUUGGUACUAGAAGAGGUGCUUGUUGUCGCAUCGGAUCUUGGGCAGCCAAGCGACCCUUCGGCAGGUUGCGUGCUGACGGCCUGGCAUACACCAACUGGCACCAAGUUGCCCCAUCCCUGGCACUUGGCGGGGCCGCUGGAGGUGUCCGCCUCCCGCCACAGUUCUUCCCCAGUGUUCUUGCCAGGUCGACUUGCGGGGAGCCUCGGUCGCAUGGCCCUGCGACUAAUGUUGGUGGUGCUACUCGACCUUGUGGACUGCGUGCUCCAUACCCCCGAGAUCUUACGCAGCAAUGCCACGAUCCUGGCUAUGGGUGAUUCACUGACCGCAGCUGGAUAUGGCAGUGUGCCCUACGGAGUCUUUUUGGCCGAAAUGCUCGGAGUGAAGGUUGAAAUUGCGGGGGUGUGGGGCGAAACAUCCGAGAACAUGAGGCACCGUUUGGCCAGUUUACAGGGCGCUCGAGUUUUAGAGGACCUGCCUGCGGUGGUUCUUCUGAUGGGUGGCACGAACGAUCUCAAGGACGAGGUACCAGUGGCCUCCACGGUCUCGAACAUGAAGGCCAUGCAUGAGCUGGCUGCUGGCUGGGGUGCUGUUGUUGGCGUGCUGGCCCCGCCCCGUUUUCUCAAACCCCAGGUGGGUACGGCACGCAAGCUCUCCGCAUUGAACAAUGCCUUGGCCGAGCUUCAGCGGACAUACCGCUUUCCAUCCUUCUUCGUGAAUUUGACCACAAUUGGUACGCAGCAUUUGUACGAUGGUCUCCAUUUCAGCUCAGACGGAUACCUGAUCAUGGCCGAACUGAUCGCGCGGAAACUCUGGAGCUGGCUGUAA